AUGCAUUCACUUGGCAUAGUCCAUCGAGACAUCAAGCCUGAAAACUUGUUAUUUGAACCGAUUGAUUACAUACCUGGCAAGCGGGAGUUAAGGAAAUCUGAUAACCCUCAAACCAAACAGGAGGAGGGUCUCUUCCGGCUCAACAUUGGCGGCGGUGGCAUCGGAGUCGUCAAACUUGCGGACUUUGGUUUGUCCAAGCAGAUCUUUGCUACAAACACCACCACUCCAUGCGGAACUGUCGGAUAUACCGCCCCUGAAGUUGUCAAAGACGAGCGUUAUUCGAUGAAGGUUGACAUGUGGGGUAUCGGCUGUGUCCUCUACACGGUUCUCUGUGGAUUCCCUCCAUUCUACGAUGAAAAGAUCGAUGUGCUAACUGAACUCAUUUCCAAAGGACAGUACACUUUCCUCAGGCCGUGGUGGGAUGAGAUCAGUCCCGGGGCUAAAAUGGCUGUACGUAAACUGCUAGAAGUCGACCCUGAAAAACGUUACGACAUCGACGAGUUCCUUAAUGACCCUUGGCUCAACACCUACGACUGCGAGUCCGGCCCCGCUCAAGAACAACAGAUCAAACACCAUCGUCACAACCACACUCGAAAACCCUACAAAAGGGACUCUUCUUUACUCUACUCUCCUGCUGCUGUUGCAAUGCGCGACGCCUUUGAUAUCUCAAACGCUGUACAGCGUGAGGGCGAAGCCAAACGCAGUUCACCAGGUGACCACCUCUUAGGCGCCCUCCAUGAAGACGAUGAAGAGUCUGGUCCUACCGGUUUCAAAGAAAUUGAAAAUAACAUGUUCCAACUCCGUCUGAAUAGUAGUACUAUUAUAAAACGAAGAAACAAGGGUAAGUCUUCGCCAGAUAAUCUCAAUAUGAUCAUUCCAAUGACGGUUGAGGAAAUCUAA